GCUCCCAGAAGUUGCGGUCUUCAGUUCACCCUUACUGUUCUACUGCCUCCAUGGAGAACUCCCCUGAUGAGUUGGUGAACGCUAUAGCUUUAGCAAUCCAGAACCGAGGAGGGGGUGGGCCUCAUCAGUCCCUCCUAGACGGCAACCGUACGGAGAAGUGCCCUACUGGGAUCGCUACCAAGGGAACUGAAUUCGACGAUAUUAUGCAUUUCGGGGACGACAUCUCAAUUGCCAAGUCACAGUUGUACAGCAUCAUCACCAAGGCGAGGAACUGCGCUCACCCUCAAACAAAGCUCAUCACCAUGCUGGUUAAGAACCUGAUCCCAGAUUACGAGGGGAAGAGUUACACUCGCCUGGAUCCUAGUCACACCAACAUCCUGCGGAGUUUAUAUUUCACUGUAUUCCCGGUGGAUGUUGAUGACAAUGUUGUAGAUGAUGAUAUGCGGGAGCGAAUUAAGACACGUAUUGAGGAGGAGAUAUGGCAGAAGCUCAAGGUAACAAUAACGGAUUGUUGUCGUAAAGCAAAGCCGAAGCCAGCAGUGCCAGCAAGUACCACCUACUACCCCACCCACGUACCUCUCCCCACCAUCUCCGCCUCCGGGAGCCGGAGUCUUUCUCCCAACCUCACUCAGGCUAUAAACUCUCACAUCUUCAGCACACUGUCUCACCAGUCGUUCAAUGCUGCCACAACCCUCGCCAUGUCCAACCCCUCUGCUCUAUCCAUGGUUAACACCAUCAAAACAGAGGGCAACCACCAUUAGCACGUGUCUCACCUGAUGUCCUUAUUUGGUCAUCCUCAGUGCGGUGUUGAACACAGAGUUGUACAACCCUGCUGCUGAUUUUCUCAACUCACCGCUCCCCGAUACAAUCACGUGACCUUUGUUUCCCCCG